UCUGGGGAUGAGAAGCGGCCCAGACCCGAAGUUCUAUGGCCGCCGCAGGAUCUGUGAAGGCGGCGUUGCAGGUGGCCGAGGUGCUGGAAACCAUCGUGAGCUGCUGCGUAGGGCCCGAGGGGCGGCAAGUUUUGUGUACGAAGCCCACUGGCGAGGUGCUGCUCAGCCGGGAUGGAGGCCGCCUCCUGGAGGCGCUACACUUAGAGCAUCCCAUAGCCAGGAUGAUAGUGGCCUGCGUUUCCAGUCAUCUCAAAAAAACAGGAGAUGGUGCUAAAACAUUUAUUAUUUUUCUUUGCCAUUUGCUUAGAGGACUUCAUGCAGUCACAGACAGAGAAAAGGAUUCUUUGAUUUGCAAAAAUAUUCAAACCCAUGGAAGGCACUGGAAAAAUUGCUGUCAGUGGAAAUUUAUUUCCCAAAGUCUUCUAAUGUUUCAGACACAAGUAUUAGACUGUAUUAUGGACCAGUACUUAAGUAGACACUUUUUGUCUAUCUUUUCUUCUGCUAAAGAGAGAACAUUGUCAAGGAGUUCUUUAGAAUUGCUCUUAGAAGCAUACUUUUGUGGAAGAGUGGGAAGAAAUAAUCAGAAAUUUAUUUCACAAUUGAUGUGUGACUAUUUUUUCAAGUGUAUGACUUGCGAAAGUGGGAUUGAUGUAUUUGAGUUAGUGGAUGACUGUUUUGUAGAGUUAAAUGUUGGUGUCACUGGUCUUCCUGUUUCAGAUUCCAGGAUUGUAGCUGGGCUUGUGCUUCACAGAGAUUUUUCUGUGUACUGCCCAGCAGAUGGUGACAUAAGAAUAGUGAUGGUAACAGAAACCAUUCAGCCUCUUUUUUUGACUUCUGGAUCAGAAUUUAUUCUAAAUUCAGAAGCACAAUUUCAAACAUCUCAGUUUUGGGUUAUGGAAAGGACAAAAGCAAUAAUGAAACAUUUACAUAGUCAGAGUGUAAAAUUGCUCCUAUCUAGUGUGAAACAACCAGAUUUAGUUAUUUAUUACGCAGGACUGAAUGGCAUAUCAGUGGUGGAGUGUUUAUCAUCAGAAGAAGUUUCUCUUAUCCAGAGGAUCAUUGGUCUUUCUCCAUUUGUACUACCACAGGCCUCUUCACAGUGUGAAAUCUCCGACACUGCUUUGGUGAAAUUUUGUAAACCCCUCAUCCUUAGAUCCAAAAGGUAUGUUCAUCUUGGCUUGGCUAGCACACGUACGUUUAUACCACACUGUAUAGUUCUUUGUGGACCAGUGCAAGGUCUUAUUGAACAACAUGAGGGUGCUUUACAUGGAGCAUUUAAAAUGCUUCGGCAGUUAUUUAAAGAUCUUGAUCUAAAUUACAUGACUGAAGCCAAUGACCAAAACGACACUUCAAGUCCUCUUAUUUCUAAAAAUAGUAGAGAAAGUAAUCAAUUACCAGAAAUUGGUAAUGGCUCACUACAAAGUCCCCGUCAGGACACAGCUGUAAAGAACAAAGAUAAAUUGGAAAAAACUCAAACAUAUUUAAUAGUAAAUUCAAAUUUAGUAGUUUCAAAUGUAGAAUUAGAAAUGUAUAUUCCAUGUUCAACAGCAAAACUGACACCAACAGGUACAUUCCAAACAGAUGAAACACUUAGAUGUUUAUCUUUGGGAAAAAACACAAUAAUCGACAACUGUGAACCAUUAAUUGAGAGUAAUUCCACUGUUAAUUCAAUAACAGAAAACACUAGAAUAGAAAUUUCUUAUGAAAAUUUACAGGUCACAAAAAUUGCUGGAAAGGACAGCAUGUUACCAGUGAGAUGUGAGUUACCGGAUAUGUGUACUUCCCAGAGUUACUAUUCCUCAUCAAUGCCAGCAGGUUGUGUUUUGCCAGUAGGUGGUAAUUUUGAAAUCUUGUUACAUUACUAUCUUCUCAAUUAUGCCAAAAAAUGCCAGCAAUCAGAACAAACCAUGGUUAGUAUGAUAGUAGCUAAUGCACUUUUAGGCAUUCCCAAAAUCCUUUAUAAAUCUAAGAAAGGAAACUACAGCUUUCCACAAGUAUAUAUAAGAGCUCUCCAUGCACUGCAAACCAAUCAACCCUUAGUAAGCAGUCAGACAGGUUUGGAAUCAGUAGCUGGUAAAUACCAGCUACUAACAUCAGUUCUUCAGUGUUUGACAAAAAUAUUAACCAUUGAUUUGGUAAUCAAUGUUAAGAGACAACCUCAGAAAGUUUAUGAUCAAGAUUCAGAAGAUGAACUAUAA